AAAAGCAGACCCUUCCUCUGCUUCAAACUUGCCUCAGGGGAAAUUGGUGCUGUUUGCUGGCUGUUGUCACAAAGGGCAUCCGCAUCAUUCCUACCCUGAGAUGAUAUUACCAGUUACUCAAGGAUCUUCAGAUCGAUGUGAGAGAAGGGUGUGUUUUCCUGGCAGGCUGAAUUUUCUUCAGAACAGGCCCAACUGGUGCACAUGUGGGAGGCCUGCUGAACACUGUGUCCCUGUCUUUUCUUGCUUUGCAUGGGGUGCUUCCUUGCCGCUGAGAUAGGAGUGUUGAUACUCGGGAGGAAGAAACCACGAUAGUGAUCUGGGACACGCUGAACUUGAAGCCAGAGUCUGCGACCGACAGCUGCUUACCUCCAUGAUGCAGGAGGCUGGUGGCAUUGUGUUCAGUUGGAGUAGGCAAAAGCUAGAUUGAAAAUCUAUUUGGGACUGGAUGAUCUGCAGUAGAUUGGAGGCUCCUCUUUUCACAACAUUGGAGGCCUGUGGACUCUUCUUACCUGCCUGUAGUGGAUGAACAUAAGAUUACCUGCAAAGGCUCUACUGUGACCAUCAUGGCCAUAGUGCAGACCUUGCCUGUCUCUAUUGAAUCUGUCUCUGAAGGGGCUUCCCAGCUCCAUACUAGUGCCAGCUCAUCCCCUGCAGACAUGGGAAGUGUCAGCAGCCUUAUUUCAGGCCGGCCUUGCCAUAAGGCCACCGCUGAGUUUGGUGCUUUUCCCCUGCAUGGAAAUGCUGGCUCCCAAGAGCUUCUGUGUCAUGGACUCCCUACGAAGAAGAGCAGCUAUGCUUAUGGUAGUGAAGAGGACUGGGCUGAAGCUGUAUCCCCCAUCAGCCCCUGUAGUGAUGCAGAAGAUCUGCAGGAUGACAAACCACGAGGUGGCACCAUCCGUGGACCACCUCCCAAGUUGGUUCCUGUUUCAGGGAAACUUGAGAAGAACAUGGAGAAGACGCUAAUUCGCCCUACAGCCUUCAAGCCAGUUAUGCCCAAGAACCGCAACCUCCCACUCCAGGGCCACUUGGCGUUGCGUCCUGGGACUUCGGUGCUCUCUGAGAGCCAGUCUAGCCUCGCCCAGCUCUUUGGUGCCAAUGCUGUAAGCACUACAGAGAAGCUCAGUUCUUUGAGCUGCCGUACCAGCUCCCAUUCUGGCACAAUGUCAGACUCUGGACGCAAUUCCCUCUCCAGCCUACCCACAUACAGUACUGGUUGCAGCCAGCAAGUAGAGCCAGUCAGCAUCUCCAUGGGCCAUGCUAAUCUUGACAGCCAUGGCAGCAACAGUUCACGAGGUCUUACUGGUCCGUCAAACUCAGACAGUGGGCGGUCAUCCUCGAGCAAGAGCACGGGUUCCCUGAGUGGCCGCGGGCAUCCUUCCUCUGACAGUGGCUCCUGUGGGGGACGCUCCCCUAUGCACAGUGGCGCUGAUGAAGCCCUUCUUGUCCAUGAACUUGAAGAGAAGCUGAGGGAGCGUGAAGCUGAGCUGCAGCAUUUAAGAGAGAGUCUGGAUGAGAAUGAGGUGGCCAUAUGCCAGGUAUAUGAGGAAAAGCAGAGGCGUUGUGAAGAGGAGAUGGAAGAGCUCCGGCAGGGCUUCAGUGCUAAGCUGCAGCAAUCGGCCCAAAAGGCUCAGCGUAGUCAGCAGGUGCUCCAACUCCAGAUUUACCAGCUGCAGCAGGAGAAGAAGAAACUCCAGGAGGAUUUUGUGCAGCUGCUCGCAGAGCGUGAGCUGCUGGAGCAACGCUGUGCCUCCUUUGAACGGGAGCACACAGAGCUGGGGCCCCGGUUGGAAGAGACCAAGUGGGAGGUUUGCCAGAAGUCAGGUGAGAUCUCAUUACUAAAACAACAGCUGAAGGAGUCCCAGGCAGAGGUCGUGCAGCGGGGUAAUGAGCUAGUGUUACUAAGGGCCCAACUGAGAGAAGCACGGGCUGAACUGCAGACAAGUGAAGAGCAGGCCUUGAGUUUGCAGGAGGUGGCUCGUACCAAGGCAAUGGAGCUAGAGGUAUGUGCCAAUGAGUUGGCCAGGCGCAAGAGUGAAGCAGAGCUGCUGCGUGAGAAGGUGGGGCGGUUGGAGCAUGAAUUAGAUGCCUUGCGCAACACUAGUGGAGAACUCUGCCCCCUGUUGGCUGAAUGUGAUGAGGUAAAAGCCCAGCGACAAGCAGCGGAUACCCUGCAGGGCUUGCGUGCCCAAGCUGAACGGCUGCGCACAGAGCUAUUGUGUGAGCGACGUCGCGGGCAAGAGCAACAGGAAGCUUUCCAGGCUGAGCGUAUCACUUGGCAAGAUGAGAAGGACAGGGUCAUCCGCUAUCAGAAGCAACUGCAGCAUAAUUACAUCCAGAUGUAUCGACACAAUCGUGAUUUAGAGUGCCAGCUACGCCAUCUCAGUCUUGAACUUGAGGCCCGGGACAUGGAUGAAUAUGAGCUGCAUGGAGGUGAAGGCAUCUGCUUGGAGGAGAUUGCAGCUACUGAGAUCUGAACAUGCUCAUGGAAGCCAUAGUGCAUGGGCCACACUGCCACAAAGAGAUACUGGCCAGGUUAGAGCAUGUUUCCCUGGGAUUUUGUCUGACUGAGCUGCUGAGAAGGCAGUGAGCCUGGGUUCAGUAGUGGAAAGAGCUACCUUCUAUAAGGCACAGUCAUAAAUCCCAGUGAUAGAACUUGUUCCAUCACUUAAACUUGGUCAUGAACCCUCAGUAAGUCAACAGUUUUAAUGGCUAUUAAAAGUAGAGUAGUGUGUAAAACCAGGCAGCUGGCCUUGCCUCUAGUGAGUAUAGGAGCUGGUUAAAGAUUUCCACUAUUAAUUUCCAGGCCAACCUGGGAGAAGGAGGGUCCACACUCUCAAAAUCCUUCCUUUGAAAGCAGCAGCAGCAGCAGCCUUUAUUCCAGCAUUUCACUGGAAAUGAAGCAAGAACAGCCUUUGCUUUGGGAAGAGGCUGUUAGAUGCUGUUGCCUUUCAAACCCCAAUGCUAACUGGCCUUCCGCAAGACCCCAGGAAUCACCACUUCCUUCUUGCUCUUUGGGCCAGUUGGAGAUGAGAGUAGCAUGGGUGGGAUUGCCAGGAUUGCGCAAAGCAGUUUUGCUUCUACUCUCCUCCUCUGUUACAUUUAUGAAAUGACCCAGUGGACUCUCAGCCAUCAUUUGCUAGCAAUUAGGGAGAUUUGGCUGUUCAACAGCUAAUUAGCUGCUAAUUCAGUUAGAUGCCAGUUUUAGAAGCUUUGUUUAUGGAAGGCUUUUCUUGGACUUUUACCCAGUUCUCUAUUGUAUGUGAAGUACAUCUUUUUGAAACCCAAACACAUAAGCACAUACAAUCAAAACUUGUAUUAUGGAAAACUGACCCUGAUAGCUAUGCAGAUGAAAUACAUUUGCAUUUAUUUCCUUUUUGCACAUAUUUCCAGUAGUUCGGAAGGGUAAGGACCUUUGUAGGCAAUUCUUUGGCCAAUAGAUGAUGUGGGCCAAAGAAUUGGAAAUUUGGGCAUUAGUCCAAGCUUAUUUCUUUUUAUAAGAUAAAAAUGAAUUAUUAGUACAAUUAAUGAAUUGUACUAAGUUCAAAGCUGAUUCUCAGGAUUCUGAAUCAUGCCUCCAAAUUCUGUGCUUUUUAAAAGGCAAAGGAAUUGCAGAAUAUAUGCAGUCCUUUGGCUUCUCUCACCCAAAGCUUUGUGGGAAGACCCUAUGCUAAGUUUUUUAAGGGAAAGCAUGAUGUCUCCUAUGCUAUGGAAACAGAGACCUAAUCUCUCUCCUGCUCCACCCCCACCACACACUUAUUGCUGCAUCCAUAUUAUAGACUUACCUGGGAGUAAGACUGUUCAACUCAGUGGGACUUGCCUCUGAGUAGGCAUGCAUAGGAGUGUGUUAUAAAAACCAAAGAUUCUUAAAACAGACUCAGGAUCUUUUUGGUUAUCCCAGGAGCCUAUCUCUAGAUUAUGGCACCAAAAUCUGGCAGAAAAAAUGUUGGAAUUCAGUGGCACAAUUUUUUUCACUUAAAAAUAAAUUAAAGUAAGAACAAAAUAGUUGUGGUAAGGCUCCACUAGAUUUUGUUCACUUAUUUUACUUUCUUUGUUUUAAAAAAAUCCCCAGAAUAUCUCUUCCCCUCAAUCCCUCAUCACAGCUCUGUACCAAAUAUUUUGGCUCCACUGCCUUUGUUAACAUUACUAUGUCACUACUACACUCUCUCUCCCCCGCCUCCCCCUUCUUGAAGGGUGAUUUAAAAAAAAAAAGCCUAAGUGUAGCACACCUAUUUUCUGUGAGGGGAUCUCCAUUUCCCCUUACUUGCCUUUUCUGCUCUUGGUUGGAACUCUACUCAGAGUGUCUUUCCCAUGGCCUUGCUUGCCUGGGUAUGUCUCCCUCACUACUCACCUUCAUCCAGCAUCUACUUGUUUGCCCAACAACAUCCAUGUCCUGCACGCUACAUACUUAUUUGAGGGUCAAAGAUGGCUGAGUUUAAAUCUGCAUUUCCCUCAUGAUAGUCUUGUUUCUUUGUACAGUAUCCUUUGUGAUUCUCAGAAGCUCAGUUUCCCAGGCAUCCAUGUUCCCUUCCCUGUCAUUUUUUACAAGAUCUGAUCUAGUCUGAACUAUGAUCAUUUUGGAGCCCUGCAAAAUGUUUGCAGUGCAGUCUGUCCUGUAAGGGUACAAUGACUACUUGUCUACCCUUCUAAUGUGCUCAAGACUAAUAGCAUACCAGAGUCACUCUAUUCCAUGCAUGCCGUACAGCUUCCUCUCCUUAAAAGCUGUCCAUGCAUCUGUGCUUGAACAAGGUGUAUCGACUGCAUUAGGAUACAGUGAUAUUUCAGUAGGUGCUCAGUCCAGCCCUACUGCUGAUUUCCUACCCUCAGAGGCCAGUGACAACUGCAAGGAGCUCCUUUUAAAGGAAAGAAGUUCUGUUUGCAGAGGGUAUUGUGGAUCUGCACAGACUUCUGUAAAGAGAGAUGUGGGGGCUACUAGAUGGUUAACUGACCUCCUCUUUGUCUUCCACUGUAUGCUCAGGAGAAAAAUGGUCAGUGAAACAGGGUAAGUCAGAAUUCUGGACUGCAGAAAAGCCAUUUUCAAAGGAACUAGACUGACAAAAUAGCCGGUUAAUUACAAACUGAAGUGCUCUCUUUGCUGGAGAGAUGUGACUCCUCUUUUCAGACUAAGUAAAUACACUUCCCUGUGGUUACAAAAGGCUGAAGAGAUUUGGAUCAGGUGGGGUUGAAUAAAGGGACCUCAGAGCAGGAUUUGAGUUUUGGUUCCAACCCAUGAGAAUCAGACCAGCCAAUGCAAGACAUGCCCACCAUGUCAAGUUGGUUAGAAGUUGUUAGCCUCUUUCCUCUGGCUAUAAAAAAGUCAACAGGGAAUGUGCUCUGGCCAGGAUGCAGCCAAAGUAUAGCAUACUGUAGUUUUGUCAUCCUAUUUAGGCCAAUUUGGGCUGAGCUGCUAUAUUGUUAGAAUAGAGGGCAGCUGCUUUCUGCUAGCUUAGUCUAACUUUUGCUUCAGGUCCUCUUCUGGAUGCAAAAAUGAACAGUCUGAAAAAUUUGGGAAGAGUUGGGACUGUUUGCAGGAGGAUCAUGGUAUUUAGCUACAUUUUGGAAAUUCUGUGCAUUCCAAGAGAAGAGGCAAUCUCCACUCACUGCCAGACAUUCUUCCCUAUUGCCCAUUGUUAUCAGAGCUUGCAGAAUGGGUGCAUUGGGACAAACACCAUUAGACCAAAGGAAAAGCUUGGUGCAUGUCAUUUCUGUAACUAUUAGCAACCUAUACCUCUUCCUUAACCCACUUUUAGCACCACUGUGUAUUUUUCUUUUACUUUAUUUCUGAAAUUGUAUAUUUUCCAGAUGGUGUAAAUUUCUUGUACAAACCAAAAGAAAAGUGUGAAAUAAAAAAGCUA